CGGGAUUGGACGGAAAGUAGUGAUACAAUGGGUCUGGAGGAAGACGACUAAGAGAUAAUCGUGGAUGACAGUUGGAUAAAAGAGAUCCUCAGUGAGCACUAGACAGCUACUAACCCCUCCAUGUCUUGGUUCACUGAGGGGGCUGAAACAGCCUGAUUACUGCUGAACAUAUAUAAACUGAAUAUCGCCACCACAACCGGCACCUCUCCAUUAACACCACACCUCACCACCAACUUACUCACCCCCAAAAGAACCAAAAGAUACUACUACUAAAGAGAAAAUGUUCCUCGCCUCCCUCCCCCCCAACACCCCCAUCACCAUCACCAUAACCGGCACCAACCCACACACCCCUCCCAGCCUCACCACUACUCUGACCUCACUCUUCGCCUCCGCUCUAUCCGACUCUCUCUGCGCCCAUACAGAAACCCUCCACCAGCACCAUACCACCAAUAGUACCAUCCACUUAACCUACUGGAGCACAGAAAACUACCAAAAAUGGCUUACCUCCCCAGCCGUCUCCGCUUUCUUCUCCUCCCUCAACAACAAUGAUUCUCCAGAAGCAGCACCAGCAGGAAUCUACCACGAAACCCUAACCAUCCAACCCUCCCGCAUUCAAGGCGCCACGAACCACCCCGUCCCCUCGGGAUGUAUGCACCUGGGGUCGAUAGAUCUCAAGCCCGAGUUAUCGGGCUAUUGGGGGUGUUAUCCGGAUCGGAUUGGGGAGAAGAGUAUUAAAUCGAAGAUUACUAAGGAGGAUAUCAGUGCUGUUAUUGCUGAAAGCAAGACUGAUAUACAAGAAGGAGGGAAGAUCCUCCCAGGGAAACAAACCAUCACUCACAUCCCCGAUAACAUCUGCUUCGUCGUCGAAGGACAAGAUCACUCUGCUGCAUCUGCAGAGGAACGUACCUACUGGGCUGAACACUUCGAUUCCCUGUCCCAGGAGUGGGUGGGCCAGGUGCUGAGUGCGGGAUUAUCGGGGGGUGUGGUUUCCUCUAGGGGAUGUUAUAAUCCUUCUGUGGAGAGUACUAUCCCUACCUCUAAUUCUACUACUGCUGAGGAGGGGCAGAGGAGGAGGAGGAGGUAUCCGUUGACGCUUGGGCGGGAUGUACAGUUGCUUUACUUUGUGGAUUUGCAGUAUAUGGAGACGUUGGGAAGGAAGAGUGCGGAACAUGUUAAGCUUAGGAAGGCGUUUAUGGAGGCGUAUGGGCCUGGAGGUGUGCUGUUUGGAGGGGGGCUGAAGUUGUGGGUUGAGACGGCGGUUUUGAGGGAUGGGGAUUUCUUGGGCGAGUAUUGGGGGUGUGUGCAGGGGACGGGGUUGUUGGGUGUUAAGGGGGUGUUGGGGGUUGAGUAA